AAUGGCGAUUUUCGAAAAUUCAUUUCAGGAAGUCCGUGUCUUUAAAGUAUACAUUAUUUUACGUUUUACGUGCAAAUUAUGUUAAAUAGAAAUUGGUAUAAACUCUAAAUAACUUUUUCUUUACUAAACGUUGUAUAUAUUUUGUAUAAUAGCCAUAAAUUAAAGCCAAUACAAUGGCUGCAACCAGGCGACUUCAAAAGGAACUGAAUGACAUACGACAAUCGGGAUUGAAAUCAUUUCGUGAUAUUCAAGUUGAUGACUCCAAUAUCUUAACAUGGCAAGGGUUGAUUGUUCCAGACAACCCGCCAUACAACAAAGGUGCAUUUAGAAUUGAGAUAAAUUAUCCUGCAGAAUACCCUUUCAAGCCUCCAAAAAUAAGCUUUAAAACUAAAAUUUAUCACCCAAACAUUGAUGAGAAAGGACAAGUGUGUCUACCUAUUAUUAGUGCAGAGAACUGGAAGCCUGCAACAAAAACAGAUCAAGUUAUACAAGCGUUAGUUGCUCUUGUGAAUGAUCCAGAACCAGAGCAUCCUCUAAGAGCUGAACUUGCAGAGGAAUUUCUCAAGGAUAGAAAAAAGUUUACUAAAAAUGCUGAGGAGUUCACUAAAAAACACAGUGAGAAAAGGCCUACAGAUUAAAUAAGAUGUUUGGAGCAAAAGCUAAAUUCAAUAUUAUAUUUAGAAUGCUUUUUAAAAUGUGUUUUGGGCAUUUGUCUUAUUGAAAAUACUGUAUAAGUAUUUAAAGCAUUUCUUAUGAUC